GAUAAUGUGCUUUAGGCUGUGCGGCCUAAAUAAAUAUUGCCUUGCUUUUCUAAAUACCUAAAUGUAGUUAAGGCAUAGCUGUAGGCAAUUCUUUUGUUAAUAUGCUUUGAUUUACUGGAGCUAAUCAUAUAACUGAUUACUGACAACUCGUCUAGCGUAAAGUUAACUUGUAGCAUAACCGAAACGGAUUCCAGAGCGCUGUUGUAACUUAAUAAAAUUACUUGUCAACAUUACCAUUUAAGUAGUUUGUCCAGAAAUGCAUCUUCAGUACAAUGCAGUGCAUAAUCGCAUGUGGAGAAGUAAAGCGGCUGUAGGAAGGACGUUCUGUCCUGCAUGUUGGAGCCCACUCUGAUUGGCCUCUCGCGCCGUGUGAUCCGUGACCCUGGCCCACGUCUCGCUAUAGCACGAGCGCUCGGGGACCGCUGAAUCCCAAGCGCUGGUACACCCGGUGAAAGUGAGUCGGCUAGAAGGGUAGCUAACCUAACCUACCUGGCGGUGUACUAACGGUUCACAGGCUGACGGCUUUGCCAUGGCGUUGCGGACUGGCCGAGCCUUACCCUCGUUUUUCCUUUUAGCUGGACUCAUUGUGCUCGCCAGUGGUCCGUUUAUCGUCUUUGCAUGUCCAAGCCGCUGUUUAUGUUUCCGGACCACUGUAAGAUGUAUGCAUCUGAAUUUGGAAACUGUGCCAGCUGUCUCGCCUCAGACGACAAUCUUAGACCUAAGGUUUAACAAAGUUAGGGACUUGCAGCCCGGCUCUUUCAAACGACUGAAGAACCUUAACACACUCCUUUUAAACAAUAACCACAUCAGAAGAAUACCAAGAGGAACCUUUGAAGACCUGGUAAACCUGAAAUAUCUAUAUCUCUACAAGAAUGAAAUUCAGGCGAUAGACCGACAGGCGUUUAAGGGGCUGGUCUCCCUGGAACAGCUAUAUCUCCAUUUCAACAACAUUGAAGUAUUGGAGGCUGAGUCCUUCUCUCAUUUGCCUAAGCUUGAGCGACUGUUUUUGCACAACAAUAGAAUAACACACCUGGUGCUGGGGACCUUCUUGCAUCUGCAGUCCAUGAAGAGACUACGUCUAGACUCCAACCCACUGAACUGUGACUGCGAGUUGCUGUGGCUGGCAGACCUACUGAAGCAGUAUGCUGAGUCAGGCAAUGCCCAGGCCGCUGCCACCUGUGAACACCCUCAGCGCCUGCAGGGCCGCUCAGUCGCCACGCUCACCGCCCAGGAGCUCAACUGUGAGAUGCCCCGGAUUACGUCCGAGCCGCAGGAUGUGGACGUGACCUCUGGGAACACGGUUUACUUCACAUGCAGGGCGGAGGGCAACCCCAAGCCCCAGAUCAUUUGGCUGAGGAACAACAAUGCACUGAACAUGCACGACGAUGCGCGCCUGAAUCUGCUGGAGGACGGCACCCUGAUGAUUCAGGACACAAGGGAGACUGACCAGGGCGUGUACCAGUGCAUGGCCAAAAAUGUCGCCGGCGAGGUGAAGACCGGACAGGUUACCUUGCGCUACUUCGGCACCCCAUCUCGUCCCAGCUUCAUCAUCCAGCCUCAGAACACGGAGGUGCUGGUGGGCGAGAGCGUGACCCUGGAGUGCAGUGCGGUAGGCCAGCCUCAGCCCCGCAUCACCUGGACCAGGGGUGAGCGAGGGGCCCUGCCCACCGACGCCCGCAUCACAAUCACACCCUUAGGCGGUCUCUACAUCCAGCACGUCCAACAGGGUGACGCCGGCCAGUACACCUGCUUUGCCAGCAACAACGUGGACACUAUUCACGCAACCGCCUACAUCAUAGUGCAGGCUGUUCCUCAGUUCACAGUGACCCCUCAGGACCAGGAUGUUCUGGAUGGCCAUACCGUGGAUUUCCCGUGUGAGGCCACAGGCUACCCCCAGCCUGUCAUAGCCUGGACGCGCGGAGGCAGCCCUCUGCCAGCCGACAGACGCCACACUGUCCUGUCCUCUGGCACCCUGCGCAUUUCCCACGUGGCCCCUCACGACCAGGGCCAGUACGAGUGCCAGGCUGUCAGUCCUGUGGGCUCAGUGAGAGCUGCCGUGCAGCUCAACAUCCAGCAGAGAGUAACGCCUGUUUUCACAAAUGCUCCAAGGGACAUGACGGUGGAGUCUGGCACUGAUGUCCAGAUUCCCUGCAGUGCUCAGGGAGAGCCCACACCUGUACUCACCUGGAACAAGGAUGGUGUUCAGGUCACUGAGAGUGGCAAGUUCCACAUCAGUCCUGAUGGCUAUCUGGAGGUGCAUGAUGUGGGCCUUGCCGAUCGGGGGCGUUAUGAGUGUGUCGCUCGGAACUCCAUUGGCUACUCCUCGGUUAGCAUGGUGCUAACAGUGCAAGUCCCACCAGUGAGCAGGGAGGGUGAUCCGUUUGUCUCCACAUCUCUCCAAGAGGCCAUCCACAGUGUGGACAGCGCGAUAGACUCCACCAGGAGACGCCUCUUCAGUGGCUCGCCCCGCACGCCCGCUGAGCUGCUGGCGCUGUUCCGCUACCCGCGAGACCCCUACACCGUGGAGCAGGCCCGGGCAGGGGAGAUCUUCGAGCAAACCCUCCUCCUCAUUCAGGGCCAUGUCAACCAAGGACUGAUGGUGGACACCAAUGGAACAGCUUUCCGCUACAAUGACCUGGUGUCACCACGCUUCUUGGAGAUGAUUGCUAACCUGUCGGGCUGCAAGACCCACCGCCGCAUCAACAACUGCUCGGACAUCUGCUUCCACCAGAAGUACCGCAGCCACGACGGCACCUGCAACAACCUGCAGCACCCAAUGUGGGGUGCCUCGCUCACUGCCUUUGAGCGCCUGUUGAAGUCUGUUUACGACAACGGUUUCAACCUGCCACGUGGCACCACCAAUAGGCGGCACAACGGCUACGCCCUGCCCCUGCCACGCUUGGUCUCCACCACCAUGGUGGGCACGGACACCAUUACGCCCGAUGAGCGGUACACCCACAUGCUGAUGCAGUGGGGCCAGUUCCUGGACCAUGACCUGGACUCAACGGUGGUGGCACUCAGCCAGUCGCGCUUCUCCGAUGGGCAGCUGUGCACGGCAGUGUGCACCAAUGACCCGCCCUGCUUCCCCGUAAUGUUCCCGCCAGAUGACCCGCGUGGGCGACGCAGUGGCAGCGCACGCUGCAUGUUCUUCGUGCGCUCCAGCCCGGUGUGCGGGAGCGGGAUGACCUCACUGCUCAUGAACUCUGUGUACCCACGCGAGCAGAUCAACCAGCUCACAUCCUACAUCGACGCCUCCAACGUGUACGGUAGCUCACAGCACGAGGCAGAAGAGGUCCGCGACCUGGCCGGCCACCGCGGCCUUUUGCGGCAGGGCAUUGUCCAGCGCACGGGCAAGCCCUUGUUGCCCUUCGCCACGGGCCCACCCACUGAGUGCAUGCGUGACGAAAACGAGAGCCCCAUCCCGUGCUUCCUGGCCGGUGACCAUCGCGCCAACGAGCAGCUGGCCCUCACUGCCAUGCACACUGCGUGGAUGCGUGAGCACAACCGCAUCGCCGGCGAGCUCCUGCGCCUCAACCCGCACUGGGAUGGCGACACCAUCUAUCACGAGGCGCGAAAGAUCGUGGGCGCCCAGAUGCAGCACAUCACCUACAGCCACUGGCUGCCAAAGAUCCUGGGCCAAGCAGGCAUGAAGCUGCUGGGCGAAUACCACGGCUACGACCCCAACGUCAACCCUGGCAUCUUUAACGCCUUCGCCACCGCCGCAUUCCGCUUCGGACACACCCUUAUCAACCCCAUCCUGUACCGGCUAGAUGAGAACUUCCAACCCAUUCAGCAGGGCCACAUCCCGCUGCAUAAGGCCUUCUUCUCACCCUUCCGCGUGGUGAACGAGGGUGGCAUCGACCCACUCCUGCGUGGCCUGUUUGGCGUGGCGGGCAAGAUGCGCGUGCCCACGCAGCUGCUGAACAAGGAGCUGACCGAGCGCCUGUUCUCCAUGGCACACACGGUGGCCCUCGACCUCGCCGCUAUGAACAUCCAGAGGGGGCGUGACCAUGGCAUCCCUCCCUACAACGACUACAGGGUCUUCUGCAACCUCAGCUCUGCCCAGACAUUCGAUGACUUGAGGAACGAGAUUCGCAGUCCCACCGUUCGGGAGAAGCUGCAGAGGCUCUAUGGAACACCCCUGAACAUUGAUCUGUUCCCCGCUCUAAUGGCCGAGGACCUUGUCCCUGGUAGCAGACUGGGACCCACCCUCAUGUGUCUGCUGACCACCCAGUUUAAACGAGUUAGAGAUGGCGACAGGUUCUGGUAUGAGAACCCUGGCGUCUUUACCCCGGCUCAGUUGACACAGCUGAAGCAAGCGUCUCUCACUCGGGUGCUGUGUGACAAUGGGGACAACAUCACACGCACCCAGUCAGACGUCUUCAGUGUGGCAGAAUUCCCCCAUGGCUAUGGAAGCUGUGAUGAUGUCCCCAAGAUUGACCUGCGACUGUGGCAGGAUUGCUGUGAAGACUGCCGCACCAAAGGUCAGUUCAAUGCCCUGUCCUACCACUUUAGAGGUCGCAGGUCAGUGGAUCAUAGCUACACAGGAGAGCAACCUUCUAAAAAGCUCAAGGAUGAUUACAGCUUUGUUAGUGACGACAGCACAUUUGUGAAUGUAACUCUCUCAUCGAAGUCGAGCACUGAAUCCUCCCUAAAUGAGUUCCAGGACUUUGUUGUGGACAUGCAGAAGACCAUCUCUAGUUUACGAAAGCAGAUCCAGAGACUUGAAAGCCGUCUGAGUGAGGCAGGCUGCACUGACGAUGAGGGUCGGCAGCGGGCAGACGGCGCCAACUGGAGGAAGGACCCCUGUACCACCUGCAAGUGCAGAGAGGCCCAAGUGACAUGCUUCGUGGAGAAGUGUCCCCUGGCUGCAUGUCCCACCCCUGAGACACUGAAAGGUGCUUGCUGUCCUGUGUGCCUUGACCAGCCAUCGAAACAGCAGGCCACAACACACAAUGUAUAACCUCAGGACCCCCACAAAAGCAUCCUAGAGAGACCCAACUGACACCGGCCAUCCCUUGCGGCCCACCAUAUGCAAACACCGCCUUUUCUUUUUUGUUGUUGUUGUUGGGUUUUUUGUUUGUUUGUUUGUUUGUUUGUUUGUUUUCUUUUGUUUUUCCUCCUAGUUCACCAGACAUGGCUUCAGCUCUGAUAAAUGCAGAGAAGUUGCCAUAUUAUCAGCCUUUAAUAUAACGGAUGGAUGAAUGGAUGAAGAGGGACUGCAUUGAGGAUGCUUUAUUCCUCCAUCAGGCCUGAACGAAGGGACCAGAGACCUGUAGCAGCCAGCAGAAGUGUUGGCCUGACAGAUGCUACCCUAAUGCAUGCACUGAAGAGGAGAGGAUUACAUUGCAAAACAAGAUUGAAAUGGAUCCUACAGAUAAACCAUUAUCAGCCAUGUAGUCUCUAAAAAGCAUUCUCAGGUUAGUGAUGCCAGAUAAAUGGUGCUACUUCCCUUACGUUAAUGACACAUAUUUAGUUUAAUCAUCCUUAAAAGUAUUGUUUUGUACCUUUUCAAUGUUUUUUACACAUAAAGUAAAAUGUUAUUUACACUCAUUAUGUGCCAUUAUGUGCCUCAGUGUGUUCCUAGUUUUAUAUUUACUCAGAAGACAUUGUAUAUUAAAAAAAGAUUGAAAUGUGUUACUCCAGCUUUUAUUAAAUGAUUAUGGUGCUUUAUAUCAUUUAUUGAAUAUAUACGUAUUACACAUACCACCCACUUUGUAUCAGCCUCUUGUAUGUGAAGAUAAUGUGAAAAUCUUAUGGGGGAAAAAAUGUAAUUGAAGAAAGUCUACUGAUCACCAAAUGUUCAUUUUCAGAUAUCAUCUGGCAUGUGCUGGUUGACAUCAGGCAUUUUUUCCUGACAAUAAAAGAGGGCUUACAAGGGCUUAAGGUGUGGCAGUUGAAAUAAAGAUCUAUUUGUAGCCCUUUGUUGUCUAAUUGAACUUACAUCAUGUUCUUACAUUGGUAGUUAAAAAAUGCUCUCUGACAUCUUGCUGUGCUAUCCAGCAUAGUCUUUCUGGUCUAUUCCAGAAAGAUAUGAUUUCCUGUUUGAAUAGGCUCUCUCAGCACUGUUGAAGAAGGACGUUAACCACACAGGGCCUGGUCUCUAUGCGGCACAAGGCUCACACACUCUUGUCAACAUUGUUAGUUGUCCAAAGUUAUUUUAGUGGUUUGCCUUUUGCUUUUCCUGGAGACAUAGCUCCACCCCCUUGCUACCCCAUCCACCCUCAGCUCCACCCCCCUGCCAAACCAGGGCCACGGAGAAGUCUGUUACAUUUCACUGUACCAUUAAAAGUUUCCUUAAAGAAAUAGAGGAUUAUGCAAGCGUAUGGUGGCCUGAAAGAAUAUGGAUCAAUUCUCGUGUUCUCUCCCCUUCUCUCUCUCUGUCUUUAAUCUCACACUCUAAUCACAUGUACCGUGACUUGCAGACAUUUUUCAUUGUCUCUACUGCUGCCUUGUCUUUGGAUAUUAAGAACAUUUCGUUGUGGUCUCCAGAGUUUUCAAGUGGCAUGUGAACAAUGCCGAUGUCACAUUUGUGAGAAUGAUGCUCUCUGACCUCAUAAUCAAAAAGCCAUAUGGAAGAGUAGGGAGGGAGAGAUAUCAGGAAAAAAGUGUGUUUUUCCUUUUUUUAAGUAAUAUAACCCAUAAAAAUAUCUGAGAAUCAAAGAUUUACUCACAGGCACAUAAACAGACCACACUCACUUAAGUUUGCAGUUCUGCUAUACCACUGUCUUGUGCAUUAUUUGUGUUUGUUUUUGGUGUUGUUUUUUACUUAGUUUGUUUUGUUUUUUUGUCCCUGCUUGGGGACAAAAAUUAACAAGAUAAUACGAUUGAGAGUGUGUAACUGUAUUACUGGCACAGCUUUACAUCCAAGCAGCUUUGCUUUAGUUCAUGUUUAUGUGUUUUGGUUUUUUGUAUGAUUGGUUGAUGGUUCUUCCUUCUAGCCCCCAACUAUUGGGUCAAAAUAUCUGUUCAUCUGGGUCCCUAUGGACCCAACCUCCAAUGUAAUGUUGCCCUGCAGCCUGCUCUCUGUACUCUGCCUCAGUCUGGACCGGUUUUCCAUGCAAUGCCCCACAAGGCUGACAAAACUGAAGCAAGUACUCUGAGAGAUUUGCCUGAUAUGUUGUAUUGUAUUUCUGCCAAAGACUGUUUGCACUGUAUUAUUGUAUGCCUCUCAACAGUAAUAAAAAGAACAGACAUUUUAUUUGA